AAACGAUCACUCUUCCAUACUGACACUUCCAAACACCUCUUGUUCACAUCUUUCUCUUUGUGGUAAACAGAAAGGGAGAGAGAGAGAGAGAGAUAGAAGACAAUGGCGUCGAACUCGCUCAUGAGCUGCGGCAUCGCCGCCGUUUACCCUUCGCUUCUUUCUUCUUCAAAGUCUAAAUUCGUCUCCGCCGGAGUUCCUCUCCCCAACGCCGGGAACGUCGGCCGAAUCAGAAUGGCCGCUCACUGGAUGCCCGGAGAGCCACGACCAGCUUACCUCGACGGUUCUGCUCCUGGUGACUUUGGAUUUGACCCACUUGGACUUGGAGAGGUUCCAGAGAACCUUGAGCGAUACAAAGAAUCAGAGCUCAUCCACUGUAGAUGGGCCAUGCUCGCUGUUCCAGGGAUUUUGGUACCAGAGGCUUUGGGAUAUGGAAACUGGGUUAAGGCUCAAGAAUGGGCAGCAUUACCUGGAGGACAAGCCACUUACUUGGGGAACCCUGUCCCAUGGGGUACUUUGCCCACAAUCUUGGCCAUAGAGUUCUUGGCUAUUGCAUUUGUCGAGCACCAGAGAAGUAUGGAGAAAGACCCCGAGAAAAAGAAGUACCCGGGAGGCGCAUUUGACCCUCUUGGAUACUCCAAAGACCCGAAGAAGUUCGAGGAGUUGAAAGUUAAGGAGAUCAAGAACGGGCGGCUUGCGUUGUUGGCCUUUGUAGGAUUCUGUGUGCAACAAUCUGCCUACCCAGGCACAGGACCAUUGGAGAACCUUGCUACUCACUUGGCGGAUCCAUGGCACAAAAACAUUGGCGAUAUUGUUAUCCCUUUGAACUAGUGACUGUAAAAAAAAAAGAAAAUUAGCAAUAUAUCCUGUGAGCUUUAUGUGUAAUCAAAACUCUGUGUAAUGAAAGACAGAUUGUGAAACCUGUAUUUUGCCUCUGUGAUUGAUUUGGUCUUGUGAGCUUGAAUUCUAAGUGAUUAAACCUUUUGAA